AUGGCUGGCCAACAUUCCAAUAACAUCAUCCCACCACUGCCACCAAUGUUCCUACAACAUCCCACCGCUGCCACCAAUGUUCCUACAACAUCCCCCCGCUGCCACCAAUGUUCCUACAACAUCCCACCGCUGCCACCAAUGUUCCUACAACAUCCCACCGCUGCCACCAAUGUUCCUACAACAUCCCACCGCUGCCACCAAUGUUCCUACAACAUCCCACCGCUGCCACCAAUGUUCCUACAACAUCCCACCGCUGCCACCAAUGUUCCUACAUCAUCCCACCGCUGCCACCAAUGUCCCUACAACAUCCCACCGCUGCCACCAAUGUUCCUACAACAUCCCACUGCUGCCACCAAUGUUCUUACAUCAUCCCACCACUGCCACCAAUGUUCCUACAACAUCCCACCGCUGCCACCAAUGUUCCUACAACAUCCCACCGCUGCCACCAAUGUUCCUACAACAUCCCACCGCUGCCACCAAUGUUCCUACAACAUCCCACCGCUGCCACCAAUGUUCCUACAACAUCCCACCGCUGCCACCAAUGUUCCUACAACAUCCCACCGCUGCCACCAAUGUUCCUACAUCAUCCCACCGCUGCCACCAAUGUUCCUACAACAUCCCACCGCUGCCACCAAUAUUCCAUCUUGUUUUGUACAGUCUGCCGUAAAAAAAAAUCAGAUGGUCUUUUUUUUAAUUUAUAUGUAA